AGACCAUCCAAAAGUACCUCCUUAUAAGAAGAACUCAAAGUACAAAAACAAACAAAAACCAACAUGGCUUUGCAAAAGUUUCCUCUCUUGGGGCUGUUUCUGGUCCUAACCAUCCUCGUCUCUUCAGCGACAGCCGAUGGACAUGUUUGCCCGCCGUCAACAAAACUAAGCCGGAGAUGCAAUAACGAUAAAGAAAAUGUGGUUGUCAGUUUCUUCCAUCGUUAUAAGGUUAUAAGUGAGUAUCCUGUUUCCAUAAAAUAUUUGUUGAUGUUUUUCGUUUUUGUUUUUUAUUUUCUAUUUGUGGAUAACCAAGAACCUAUGGACUAUUGGUCGAUAAUUCCAUUGGGCCGGGGACCGAAGAAUUUGUUGGUGUUUAGUAUUUUAUUUUAUUUUAAUUUUUAUAUACUAUGAUAUUGGACAUUUAUCUAUAUCUUUUGGUAUCAUAUAUGUAAAUAUGUGAUUUGCAAAUGUUUAAAAGAUAAUUCAUUACCCGAAAUGGUGAAAUCAAUAGUUUUUAACUUGCUUUUCACCUUGCUACCCAAAGGAGAAGAGUUGGGAAGGUAUUAAUGUGAGAAAUUGGAAGCUAAACUUAAGAUUUGACCAAUUGUUUCGAUCAUCAUUUAGAAAUAUUUAGCUAAUCGUCCCAUGUCAGAGUCAAAAUACUAUGGGUUACAACAGUGUUCUCGCUUAUGGCAUCCAACUUAUGUUAUAAUGUCACUAAUAGUGUCUGUCUGAUUUCUCUUUCUGGAUUAUUCUGGUUCAGAGUAUGAGUCUUGUUGCCCACCCAAAGUUGGCUAUGCUUUUACUCUUUCUAUUCUUUGAAAAUUUAAGUUUUUUUCUAAAGGUUCAGAUUAUCCUCUAGAAACUUCUAUUCAAUUAUCCUGAGUAACACCUAUUUGAUUUGAAAUUCCACUUUGAUUACAAAUUUUACUAAAGAGCGUCACAUAAUUGGUAAUUUAGUUUUGAAGGAAAUUUUGGUGUAUUAUACCAUAUAGAAAUCAAGCAUUUGUUUAUGUUACAGUCAACAAUGCUUAAUAAUAUAGUUUCUUCCACCAGUAACCAUAGCUAAAAGCCUAAAAGUUCCAGCUCAACAAUCUCUUUCUUAUAACCCCUUCAACUAAAUCACAUUACCCCCAAACUGUAAUGUAUCAAGAGAUGAUAAAUAGAUGAUAAAUAUUGUGAUCACUGUUCCGACGAAUUUCCGACUUUCAACCACCAAAAUAUGUAUAUCUUGUAGCACGAAAAUGUCUCACAUUGGAUAGGAACUUAGGAAGGAUAGUAGACCAAUAAUUUAUACAGACCUAAGAGCAUCUCAUGUUAUCAAAUUCAAUAUAACAGCACAACAUCGAACAUACAUG